AGCACCACACCUGAGCCGGGGCCAAUGCAGAACGGGGAGGAUAUGAGCCCACAGGAAUCCAAGCCUGGAGAGUCAGAAACCAUGCAGGAGCAGAGAAUUCAGAACCACAGCCAGAAUGAGAGAUGCGUCGAACCUACAGCACCUCCACUACCUCCGCCAUCACCACCACCACCGGGACCACCGGAAUACCCGAGGCCGAGACUCAUCUUCCACACUCAGCUGGCUCACGGGAGUCCCACAGGCCGCAUCCACGGAUUCACCAACGUCAAAGAGCUUUAUGCCAAGAUCGCAGAAGUGUUCAACAUCUCCCCGUCAGAGAUCCUGUUCUGUACCCUCAACUCUCACAAAGUGGACAUGCAGAAACUACUGGGAGGUCAAAUCGGACUGGAGGACUUCAUAUUCGCUCACGUCAGAGGAGAAACCAAGGAGGUGGAGGUGACAAAGACGGAGGACGCACUAGGCCUCACCAUCACAGAUAAUGGAGCAGGAUAUGCUUUUAUCAAGAGGAUAAAAGAAAGCAGCACUAUAGACCGGCUGAAGACUGUUUGCGUUGGCGACCACAUCGAGGCCAUUAAUGACCAGAGCAUUGUGGGCUGUCGACACUACGAAGUGGCCAAGAUGUUAAAAGAGCAGCCCAGGGGUGUGCCCUUCACUCUUCGUCUGGUUGGACCCAAGAAGGCCUUUGAUAUGAUUGGAAUGAGGACCCGAGCCCCAAAAUCCACGGAGGGUAAAAUGGUGAAUGGGAGGGAGACGCUGCGUCUGCGCUCUAAAGGAGCUGCGACAGUCCAGGAAGUGCAGAAUGAGUUUGAAGAACGAGCCACCAAGAAAGUGGAUGACCUUCUUGAGAGCUACAUGGGUAUCAGAGACCUGGAGCUGGCAACAACCAUCGUGGAAGCUGGCAAAGACAAGAAGAACCCUGAUGACUUUGCACAGGCCUUGGAUUCAGUCCUGGGAGACUUUGCUUUUCCUGAUGUUUUUCUUUUCGAUGUAUGGGGAGCUAUAGGUGACGUGAAGAACGGCAGAAUGUAAAACCCCUAUAUCCCAUAAAAAGGCUGUAAUUAGGGAGGGCUUCUACAGCAGCAGCCCAGUCGUAUUAGUUUUAACCAAAUUAUCAGGUACAAGACGUGCUUUGACAAUUUUAGGAUUUGUUCCUAACAGAUUGUGACAGUUUUGCUUAUUUAUUCACAUGAAAUGCAGGACGGAAAGUCUGUGCAAUCUAAUAUAAAAUAUAAAAUCAAAAAGCUGGACGUGAUAUUUUGUGAUGCAUUAAGAUGCAUUAACAUGUGUAAAAAAAAUACAUGAAAUACAUGAAACCCCGAGCUGCAUACAGCAUUGAAAGAUCUCUUUUGUAAAAGUGAUCAAUAGAGUUUACUUUCAUUUCGAUCUUCACAGAGAAGGGAGUAAAUUAAUCCAUGGUUUUAACCCAUUACCUCAGUGAGCAGACGGCACUUACCUUCCUUAACCACCAGGACGCCACUGUCCCGUUAUAUCGGUAUAGGUUAAUAUUGGAAUCGGAAAUUAAGUGUUGGGACAAUAUCGGCUUAUAGGCAAAAAGUUAAUAUCGGACAUCUCUACUUUUUUGUUCUUUAUUACAACAUAGAGCAUGAAAAAGGUGAGGAAAUUCAAUCUUCCGAAGCAGAAGCACAUAACGGGGUUUCUCCACAACAUUGUGCUUAAACAUAACACCAACACAUUGUUUCCCAGAAUUGUAUGACUCAUAAAAGAAACACAAAAAGACUGUAAUGAGGCCGGCGCUCACUUCACUGGAAUCUCUUGUUCUUAUUUUGUUUAAUAACAUAAAAGUGUUCAUGAUGAAUAAAAUGUAUGAUGUCAACAAUAACUUAUUAAACAACAGAACGCAGUACUGUCCUGAUUCUGAUGUUUUGUUUCAUCAUAUGUACGUAAUUAUCAGGACCCUAUAUUGUAUUUGGUUACAAUAUAUACUGUAUAACAUGUUUCAGUUUUAAUUCGUGGAGCUGGAGUUUGUCUCGAACAGAUGAGUUCAUUUUUAAUUCAGACCUUUAUUAUUUUCUUGAUUUACCUGUAGUCUUACUACAAACACAUGGUACUGACAUCAAGGACGCCACACUUCACAGAUAAUGUUCAAGCCAGGUUACACAGCGCCUCGGACGAGUAGUGUUCACACUGAAUAUAUACUCUUGGUAAAGGAGAGCGUGACGAAACAGAUACAUUUUCAAAUGCACCAUUAGCAAAGCUAUUCACCUGUCUUGUUUCACAUUUUAAUGUGUAGUUAAAAAUACAUAACACCUGGAGACAUACUGACCUACUGCAUCUUCUUGAACUAUACAUAUAUAUGUAUACAUAUACAUAUAUGUGGGUAUGAUUAAAGUAGUAAAGUAUAUAUUUUUAUAUAUUACUUCUUUAUAUGCAGAACUAUAUAGAAUACUGUGUGUCUUAAUAAACAUUGGACUUUAAUACUUUCCAGAACACCUAGACAUCACAUAACCUGUAAACACUUACAUACACAUACAUCACUUAUUAUAUUCCCAUGCUUUAACAUCUAGACCUGCAUUCCUAAGGCAUUCUUGCAAAUAGGACAAUCCAUAUUAUUAA